AUGUCGUCGUCGUCAGAUAAGACGGACGCGGAGAAGGGAUCCAUCGAGGUCACCGAGGAUGUUGACCUGCGAGAGAAGCUCGUCAACAAUGUCAACGCACGGAUACAAAAUCCUCUGUAUGGUAUCAAGAAGGGCACCCUGAUGCGCCAGGUCGAGGACUUCUGCGCCGAGAAAGGCCUCGCCGAGCACGUCGAUCUCUUCAAGCGUGGCGCCCUACUUGCGCAGAAUCCCAACGACUACGAGAACAUCCCGGAGCUCACGGAGCAGGACCUCGCCGCUGUCCGCUACGAGCGCGAACACAGAUGGUCGCAGCCCGGCGCGCUAUACCUGACGGUCAUCAUCUGCUGCCUGGCGGCGGCGGUGCAGGGGUGGGACCAGACGGGGAGCAACGGCGCCAACCUCUCGUUCCCGCAGGAGUUUGGCAUCCCCAUCAACGACCCCAACGAUCCCAACCGGGAGCGGAACGAGUGGAUUGUGGGCAUGAUUAACGCGGGCCCUUACAUUGCUUGCGCUGCCCUCGGGUGCUGGCUUACGGACCCUCUUAACCACUAUCUCGGUCGUCGCGGCGUCAUUUUUGUCUGCGGUAUAUUCUGCACGCUCACCGUUAUCGGAUCCGGCCUAUGCCAGACCUGGCCGCAACUCUUCAUCUGCCGCCUGCUCCUCGGGAUCGGCAUGGGCGCCAAAGCGUCUACCACCCCCGUCUUCGCAGCGGAGAACGUACCGGCAAUGAUUCGCGGCGGCCUCGUCAUGUCCUGGCAGCUCUGGACCGCCUGCGGCAUCUGGCUCGGCUUCUGCGCCAACCUCGCCAUGCAAAACGUCGGCCGGAUUGCCUGGCGCCUCCAGCUAGGCUCCGCCUUCAUCCCCGCCGUCCCCAUGACCAUUGGCAUCUACUUCUGCCCCGAGUCCCCGCGCUGGUACAUGAAGCACAACCGCUAUCGCGAGGCCUUCAAGUCGUUCAAGCGCCUCCGGAACACGGAGAUUCAGGCGGCGCGUGAUUUGUACUAUGUCCAUCGCCAGCUUGUGGAGGAGUUCGAGGUAUUGAAGGGCUCGAGCUACUUUAAGCGGCUCAUUGAGCUGUUCACUAUCCCGCGCGUCCGCCGGGCGACGCUGGCGAGUGGCAUUGUUAUGCUCGCGCAGCAGAUGUGCGGUAUCAACAUCAUCGCCUUCUACUCCUCCUCCGUCUUCACGGAUGCGGGAUACUCAGCGACGCAGGCUCUGUGGGCGUCCUUCGGCUUCGGUCUCGUCAACUUCGUCUUCGCAUUCCCUGCCGUCUGGACCAUCGACACCUUCGGUCGCCGCAAUCUCCUUCUCUUCACCUUCCCCAACAUGUUUUGGACGCUGCUCGCGGCCGGCUUGUGCUUCCAAAUCCCGGAUGGAAGCGCGGCAAAGGUGCCGUUGAUUGCCUUCUUCAUCUACCUCUUCGCCGCCUUCUACUCCCCCGGCGAAGGGCCCGUGCCGUUCACGUACUCGGCCGAAGUCUUCCCGCUGACCCACCGCGAGCUGGGAAUGUCAUGGGCCGUGGCCACAUGCCUCGGCUGGGCUGCCGUACUCUCCAUCACCUUCCCGCGCAUGAAGACUGCGCUGACGCCCACGGGAGCCUUCGGCUUCUACGCCGGCCUCAACGUCGUCGCGCUCGUGCUCAUCUUCCUGUUCCUGCCCGAGACCAAGCAGCGCACGCUCGAGGAGCUGGACUACGUCUUCGCCGUACCCACGAGCAAGCACGUCAGCUACCAGGUGAACAAGACGCUGCCGUACUGGUUCAAGCGGUACAUCUUGUGGCGGAAGGACGCGAAGCUUGAGCCCCUUUACCAUCUCGACCAGGUCGACUCCAUCACUGUCUUCGAGAAGGGAGCUGGGCAUUAG